AUGGUUGGGAGACAGACGCACCAGAUGGACAGCGGCAAUUGCUCGGUGACGGUGGUGGAUGACAGCCCCGGAUCCAGCCCGAGCUCCAGCCCGGACUCUCGCCGGGCCGCCGCCGGGGUUCUCCAUGCCGGCGGUCUCGGGGCCGGACGAGGUCGGCCUGCGGCUGCCAAUGCGGCGCGGGAGAGGAGCCGCGUUCAAACCCUGCGCACCGCCUUCCUGGAGCUGCAGAGAACGUUGCCGUCGGUGCCGCCGGACACCAAGCUGUCCAAACUGGACGUGUUGAUACUGGCCACCACCUACAUUGCACAUUUGACUCGAACUCUGCAGGAGGAAGGCACCCAGGAGGGGGACAGCACAAAGCAAACAGAGGCGUUACGUUCACUCAAAGGUGAAGGCUACCUGCACCCGGUCAAGAAAUGGCCAAUGAGGUCCAGGUUGUAUGUUGGAGCAAGUGGUCAGUUCCUGAACAAUUCCUCACAAUCAGAGAAUCAAGGCCCUUCAUCAGCAUCCACCUCCCAGUAAACUAUAUUCCUUUUGCAUGAGUGAUGCUACACAUACCUUGUAAAUUUAAUAUAUUAUUGUGAUGGUUUUUUUACCCUCAAAUGUAAGUUUUUUUCUGUUUGACCUGCAAAUUGUGCAGCUCCAUACAUGUCCCUGUAUGAGAGUUUGUGAUUUCACGGGCCAAUACUGAGCUCGUCAUGCUUGAAAAGUGAGGCACUUUCAAUAGAAAACAUUUGCACUAAACAUGCAUGUGUGAAUAACUUAGCAUCUGUCAUGUGAAGUGGUCUGUCAGAGAUAACAAUAGGUGGCUCGCCGUCUCAUGUUCCCUUUUUUUUUUUUUACAUGCAUGCUUGUACAAAAAAGUGUUAUAGAAAAAAAAAUCUGUGGUAAAGCGAUGGAGUCUAAAAUGAUGUAAUUAAAUUGUACCAUACUCUAUUAAGUCUAUUUAAGAGAAGUA